CUUUCAGUUGCCGUUCGGCCGGCCAUCGAGUAGGAUCUCGGUUUCGCGAGUGAUAGUCAUUUAAAAUUUUCUCGAUUUGCGGAGGGAUUGUUUUUCCGUAUUAAUUUUUAUCUCAUUUUAUCGACAUUUUCUUUGCAUUUGGAUAAUCGACGAUCGUUAUCGGUCGCUUCGGCGAACUUAAGCGUCAUCGAAAGAACAUAUUGUCGAUAUUGAUACAAGAUGAGUACACCGGGCAAGCAAGUGCGGAAUGGUACUUACGAGUUCGAUUACAUGCGUGUGCCCGAAAACAAAACACGAUGGGAGGUUAUACGUGAUGGCUUUUACAAUCCUGUUGAAGGCACCUAUUGUGGACAUCCACCUAAAAAGUGGGCUUGGACACUCGUUUUUUAUAGCUGUUUCUUCUCGGUUUUGGCCUUGCUCUUUGCAAUUUGUAUGAAGGGCCUUUUGGCAACUAUUAACAACGACAAACCUAAAUGGAUAUUGGACAGUAGUAUCAUUGGGACCAAUCCAGGACUUGGAUUCCGGCCAAUUUCGGACAAUCCAGAUGAAAGAUCUUUAAUUUGGUAUACAGCAUCGAAUGCAACCGAAGUGGAAAAGUGGACCAAACUUUUGGAUAAAUUUUUAGAAGAAUACAUAGAUUCGUCUCUUUUACCAAACGGUGGUAGGAAUCAACAGAUUUGCAGUUAUACUCAAAAACCAAAACCUGGAAAUGUUUGUGCUGUUGAUGUCAAUAAUUGGGGACCUUGUUCACCGAAACAACAAUAUGGUUUCAACAAUUCAGCACCUUGUGUUUUUAUUAAAUUAAAUAGAAUAUAUGGAUGGGUACCCGAAUAUUAUAACGACACCAAAGAUCUACCAUCGGAUAUGCCGCUUAACUUAAUCAAUCAUAUUAAAAAAACCAACAGUUCUUGGUUAAAUACUGUGUGGGUAUCAUGCAAAGGGGAGGAUCCAUACGAUAAUGAAACUAUCGGUGAACUAGCAUACUAUCCGCAAAAUCAUGGAUUUCCAGGAUUUUAUUAUCCAUAUGAGAAUGUUCAAGGAUACCUAAGCCCACUCGUGGCUGUACAUUUUCUUCGACCAGCUAGAAAUACAAUAAUCAACGUUGAGUGUAGAGCAUGGGCGAAGAAUAUUAAAUACAGUACGAGAAAAUCGGAGAAAAAAGGUGCUGUACAUUUCGAACUUCUGGUAGACUAGUCACAUAUCACAUUCUAUUAUGAAACAUAAAUGUCUUCUGCUUGAAGUAAUGUCAACUUGAUUAGAAAAAAGAACGUUUCUCGUUCGAAUGUGUAAACAUUAUGCCGAUGCAGAAUCAGAUUAGAAUUAUCUUCAGUAUAGUAAACGUGAACUCAUUACUAGUUAAAUACAGAUUGAUAUUGAGCUGAUAAUGAGUAUGUAAGGACGAUAUAGGAAUUAUUUAAAACAAAUUUCUUUACUAUUACGCCAAUAGAGUAUCGAUUCCAUUGAUCAAAUCAUUCGCAAAUGAAAUAGUUUCAUUAACAAUCAUAUCUGAUAAGUUUUAACGUGAUAUAAUAUUUAUAUGUGUAUGAUAGAUGUAAAAUUUUAAUCUGCCUAUCCUAUGUGUUCUACAAUAGCGAAGUGUGCCAACGAACUUAUUGAUCGAUAGAAAUAUUUUGUAAUAGCUUAUUACAAAAAUGAAUGUGUGCGUUAUCUAGUUAUCAAAGAAGAAUCACACAAGUCCUGUUUUAUAUAAGCAUUUUCUGACAUCUUGCAGUUAUCUCAUAGGUAAUAACGCGAUGACGAUUAUACAAUAUAAAUUUAGGUUUGUUUUCUUUUUUUUCUUUUUCUUUCUUUUUUUUUUUUUUUUAAAUGCUUGAAAAACAGCUGUUACAGAUAAUGAUAAUAAUUAAAAAAGAACGUAGAAAUAGUCAUAUAGUACACGAGACAAUAGGUAUUAACUUUUCAAUGAGAUAGAUAUCUUGCCUGUAUGUAUAUGUAUAUAUAUAUGUGUAUAUAUAUAUACAUACAUACAUAUAUACAUAUAUAUAUAUAUAUAUAUAUAUAUAUAUAUAUAUUGUGUGUAUAACUUAAUAUGCAGCAUUAUUUUCGUGGAGAGGUACUAAUGACUUAAUUUUCUUUUUUGUUUUUUAUCUUUUUUCUUUUUUUUUUCUUUUUUUUUAUUUAAUAAAAACUUAAAUGAUACUUUGCAAAAAGUUCUUAAUUCUCGGCUUAAACUUAAUGGUUUUUUAUUUUUUUUCUUUUCUUUUUUUUUUUUUUUUUUUUUUCUUAGAGAAAAUCAUACAUUGCAUUUCACAGCUGUUGAUAUCAAUUAUAAAAGAUCAUAUUUAUUAUAUUCUUUUAAUUGAAUACUAACAAAACAAUAAUAGAUUUUUUGAAAUAUUGUAUAUUGUAAUUUUAAAUUCGAAAUUUUGCAGUAUAUUAGAAAAGAUUUUUAUUCGAUAAAUUAUAAAUUUGUAUAGAAACGAAAGAAUUGAUGCAGUUUUAAUAUAGAUCCAUCACAUUGUUGUUAUUAAUUACUCUAGACUUUAAGAUUUGAUUGUGACAACUAAUUACAUAUGUAUAAAAUGUAUCUUAUAUGGGUGUAGGAAUUAUGUUGUAAUUUUAUGUACUUAUAAUCCCUUUGUUAGAAUUGUUCAUAAAGGUGAAUUGUAAUUUGUAAUUAUGUUACAUAAUGACAUUUUGUGUGUAUGCCUAUAUAUACAUAUAUAUACAUAUACAUAUAUAUGCAUAUAUAUACAUAAAGAUAGUUUUUACGUAUUAUAAAUACUUUCUAAUGAUACAUUCUCUAAAGGGAUAUGUACUUACAAAAAUGCAAAGAACAAAAAUUGAAAUGUAAGAAUCGUAUAUCACUAUUUUUUUUUUUCAUCGUUUAGCUCUUAAAUAAUUAAUAACAAGAAAGCAAAUAUUUUUCAAAUCAAUUUCAUUAUAAAUAUCAUAAUUUGCAAGAUUAAUUAGAAAAAACCUAAUAAAUAAACAUUAUAUAAAUAGAAAGCCAUGUAAUGAUAUUAAAUAUAAUAAUAUAAUGAAAUGUAUUAAACGACUAAUACAAUAUUUAAUUAUAUUUUACGCAUUAACAGGAAUGAUGUUUGUCAAUGAAAAGAAUGAAUUAAUUCAAACACAGAAUUUAUUGAACUUUUUGGCAAGUACACAUUACUUUAUUAUACAUUUCAGUUCUAUCUCAUAAAAUUGUGUAAAAAUAUGAUAAUCGCAGAAAAAUGUAUACUUAAAGAAUUAUAAUGAGAUUCUAAAUUUCAAGGCACUUGUAAAUAUAUCUCUUUGCAGGUCAAGAUUUUUAUAAUUAAAAUUUCUUCAUGGACUGUAUAUAUAUAGAAUGAUUCUAAUCUAGCGAUAUUACUCUAAAGGAAAUAUAUUUAUAUGAAAAAAUAAAUCGAAAUUGUAAAGUGACUUUGUUUUUGAAUGAAUUAAAUUUAAAGAUCUGUAUAAAAAUGUUAUACUAUAUUUACGAUUUAUUUUUUCAUAUAAAAUCAAAUUCUUUUGGUUGUACCAUUAGAUUAAAAACACCCUAUAUAUAUAUACAUAUAUAUAUAUAUAUAUAUAUAUAUAUAUAUAUAUAUAUAUAUAAUAUGAUUUCUUUCAGUUUCAUUUCGAUAGCACUGUACUCAUUCGAGAGUUUAUCUUGACAUGAAAAUAAUUCGAUACUCCGAAAAUUUAUAAAUAUUGUUAUUAUAUUUAUAAAUUUUACAAAAUAUUGUAACAAUAUUCUGAUAUAGUAUUGUGUUUUGGUGUCUUUUAUAUUCAUUAUUAUUGUAAUUAGAAAAUCAAGAAAAUAAGUGAGUUUUGUUUUUUGUUCAUAUAAAAUCUUCGAUCAUUGUUAUAAUAUAUAUGUGUAUAUAAAGGACAAAAGUAAAAAUGCAUGUGAUUCAUCAGAAUUAUACGAAGCAAUGCUAUGGUUAUUUCGUAAUUGUUUUCUUUUUUUUUCGAAAUAAUAUACAUAUAUAUGUUUCCGGGGAAGAACAUUGUUUCGGCAGUUUGUCCUAUUUUUUGGGGCUGUUUUUUUCUUAAAACACAUACCCUAUAUUAACAAAGUAGAUAUUUAUUUAAAUGGCCUUAAUAAUACUGAAUGAUCGUUUAAAUUUGGUUGUAAGUUAGAAAUUGUACUCGAGAAAUAUUACAACUAAAUAAAAUGAAUCGCAUGUGUAUAUAUAUAUAUAAACAAUAGCGAUUUAUUGAAAAUGUAAAUUAUUAAAUUCUAGUGAAGUGUAUUUUUUGUUUUGUUUAAAUGAAUAUUAAAUUGUGAAAUAUUUUUGAUCAAAAAAAAAAAGAAAAAAAAGAAAGAAAGAAAAUAACGCUACCUAAGUAAGAAUCGCCCCGCGGAUUUUUUUGCAAGUGCAACAAUCUUUCCUGAAAAAGCAUAAGUUUUUCACUGAAAAACUUCGUGUGCAUUUUAAUAAUAAAACACAUCAAUAUUAUCUAUAGAACGUGCAAAAAUCUUAUAAAUUUACACUAACGAGAGUACAGUUUGUCUUUUUUUUUUUGUUUCGUUUUUUGUUUUUCUUGUAAUUAUUUUGUCAUUAACACUUAAUUACAUUUAAUACUUAAACAUAAUGUGUGUGUGUGUGUGUACAUAUAUAUACAUAUGUAUAUGUAUAUAUAUAUGUGUGUAUAAUCAAAUGCAGAUCUGUUCCCCUCAAAAUGUACAAUAAUAUUAUACAAAAAAUCUGAGCUUUUCAAAAAUAAUCAUAUAAAUUAGCUGAAAUAGAAACAAAAAUGGAGAGAUUUUAUAUAUUAUAAAAACUUAAUUACAAUUGAGAAUUGUACACAAUUAAUGUUAUUUUUUAAUUUACAACUCUUAUUCACUUCCUACAUAAAAAAAAAAGCACGUAAUACCUUUAAUAUAAAUUAUAUAAGUUUUUUCAAUUAUAUCAUGCUUGUCACUAUUCCUUCAUAGAUCUUAUUAUUUUAUAUAAAAAUUAUUCAGAUAUUAAUUAUGAUACAAAACUAUUUUUUUUUAUUCCAAUUAUUGUUUUUAUUAUAUAAUUUUAGAAAACUCUAAGAUAUAUUUCCGUUUCAUUGAUCGAUAUAAUAAAAGAAUCUAUUGGAAAAAAAAAAAAUUAAUCAGGAUCAAAUUUCAGGUGGGACGAUUAUUCCCAGAACAUUUUAUUUUUACUCUAAGUACUUUCUACGCGGUUUACUUGGUAAAAAAUGCUUAGAGACACGUAAUAAUUUAUUAAAGGUGAAAUACAUAUUGUCAGGUUCUAUGCAGAACCUGAAAAGUAUAAAAGUUGAUAGCUCAGCUAUUAUAUUUAAAAAAUAUCGAAAAAAGAUCUGCAUUUUAAAACAUUAAUCUAUCAUCAGUUCAAAGUGAACAGCACCUAAUUUAUCGUUGCGGCUAUGUUUAAUAUUUUUGGCCCAUGCCUUGCAUUCCACGUUUAUUAAAAUACCAGCUGAAAAAGAAACAAACAAUUGUAAACGAAAUUUUAAUGAUAAUUUUUAGUUUUAUUUGUAUUUUUAUUUUUAACGAGUAUUAUAAUAUAUUUCUUGUACUUACUACGUGGUCUUACAAAAUGGACAGCAACCAAAGGACUCAAAUAUCCUUCCGAAUUUUCGAAAGGAUAAAAAUAACCGGGGAAACCUCGUCGUGGUAAAUAAUUAAUUGGUCCUAUGUUCUCUUGAUCAGCAGGAUUUUCACCCUCGCAAGAAACCCAAAUUGUAUUGAGUACUAAAGAAUUCUUAUCUUUUAAACUUGCGAUAUGUUCUUUUAAAUCAAGUGGCAUUUUUUCCGGCAAGGAUUCCGUGUCGUUGUAAAAUUCCGGUCUCCAGCCAUAAAUCUUUAUAAAGAAGAACACGUGAUUAUUAUAACUAAUAAAUAAUGUAAACUUUUCUAUAGGUUUGUUAUUAUAAAGUAGAGCAUUCAAUUAUCAAUUAUUUAUUUUUAAAAAGUUGUAAUCUCAAAUCAAUUUUAAUUUCAAUUGUCUGUAUUAAAAAGAAAUCUUAAAAUAUUAAAUUUAAUUUUGGAAAAAAAAAAGAAAAAGAAAAUUACCUUAUUCAGUUUAAGAAAAAUACAUGGUGCCGAUUUAUGAUAAUUAUAUUUAUUUUCUUUUGUACAAGGAUGCCAAUUUUUUACAUCCACGUCGCAAACUUUUCCAGGUGGUGGUGGUUGAUUGUAAUCACAUUUGUUAAUGUUAGCACCAAGCCCAGGAAUGGAGCCAGGUGUUAUGUAUUCUAUAAAUAAUACAUUUAUUCAUUUUUUCUAUUAACCAUUUCAAUUCAGAUUGCAAUAUAAUUUAAAAAAAAUUAUUGUAAUUACCCUUUAAGAAGCUUUGAAGAGAAUCAACCCAAUGUUUAAAAUUUUCACUGUCUGUUCCACUGUACCAAAUUAAUGUGCUUUCUACAUUUUCCAUUGGUGGCAUCGGCCUGAAACCCAAUCCUGCAAAAUUUCAAGCUAUUAUUAAAAUUUUAUUAUUUGUAUAAGUAUUAAAUGUCAAGUGUUGGCCAAUAAGUAACGUCGAGAUUUUCAGUAAAAAAAUAUUACUAUUAUUUACUUAAAUUUAAAAAAUACUAAAUGUUUUUUUUUUCUUUCUUAGAAAAUUUGUAUAAAAUAUUACGUAUCACUUACUUCAUUAUAUUAUAUCAGAAUUUUCAAUAAAUAAAUAGUAGUGUUAUUUAAAUACAUUUUACCUGGGUUAGUUCCGAUUAUAGAACGUUCUAAUUGCCAUCGAGGUAUCCUUGGGUCAAGAGUUUGAAAGAAUCCCCAAAAACAGAUUGCGACCAAUGCUGCCAGUAUUCCAUAAAAUACCAAAUAGAACAGCCCUAUUUUACCUGCAAUAAAAUAGAUUAUAUUGAUAUUUUAUUGCAUGAUAUUUGUAUUGCUAUAUUUUAUUGCUGUAAUAAAAAAAAAUUAGACUCAAUCAUUAUUUCAGACUGAUUAAAAUUUAAUUGAGUUGAUCGACAAGUAGUCAUGACAGUACGUUGUGUAAUGUAAGAUAAUUGUAUUAAUCGGAGUUCCAAUUUAGCGGAAGAUCAUAGUGUCUUGGUCUUGGUCAAGUGGAACAAUUCAAUUAAGAGUCAAUUGGAUGUCUUGCAAGGUCAUCUUUCGUAUAAUUUUCUCUAUACUAUGGACAUAAACUUGUCUAUCGAACGAUUCACAAUCUUUAAUUAAAGUUUAUUUUAUUUCUUUUUUUCUUUCCGAAAUUGAACUAUUUAUCAGAUACUUUGUUAGAUUACUAUUAAAAAAUGUUAAUAUACACAUAAAUCAAUUCUAGACUAUAUAAAUAAUCAAUGAUCCAAAAAGUGAAUAUUUCUAAUCAUAGAUAAGUCAUUCUUAGACAUAUGUACAUAAUUUACUAAUGGGAUUAAAUUUUUUAAUUAAGAGAUUUGAUUCUUUAAUUAAACUAUUAAAUUACUACAAAUAAAAUGAGUUAGUAUAUAUAGAUCAAGCCUUGUCUUUUGUACUAAUCGUUGAUGAUCCAAGUUAUGAAUUUUUUGGGAGGGGAGUCAUAGAUAAAUAAUACUCAACCAUAAAUCUAAUACGAACGUGUCCUCGUUUGAACAUGUGCGCGCUCAAGGUGCCUUUAUUACGAUCCUUGGAUAUCGAUAGCAACACACACGCCACUUGAUUUACCUCUAAGCAAGGUCUUGCGGUGUUUGAUUUGUGAUCCGACGGUAUGAAUACAUAUGCUAUCGAGCUCUUAUCAAUUUCUAUCGAACGAGCAAACUGAAAUGGUAUUGGUAGACGUAUUGAAUGAUAUGCUUCGACUUGAUCAUAAAUUAAAAAAAAAAAAGAAAGAAAGAAAGAAAGAAAAAGAAAACUUGCGACAAAUAAAUCGUUAAUCCAAAAUAUAAAAAUGUAUUCUCCAUUGUAAAGAUAAAAUAAAUAAUGAUAUUUUAAUUUAAACCUCAUUAUAUUCUAAGACGAAUAAAUAGAAUAAUAAUACGGAGUAUCUUGUCUCCACUUAUGUUGAAAGUCAGUCAGAGUACGAACCGCAAACGCUUACAUUAACCGAUUCACUUUAGUCAACAAUUGUCGACCUCUGUGUGACACGAUGGUCAUGCAAGUUAUCAUCUCUCGGGGCCAUGUGUGAUAAGGUCAGAGAAUAUCUCUUGAUAUAAAUCUUUUUGUAAAAAUAAAAAAAGAAGGAAAAAAAAGAAAAAGAAAAUUUCAUUAGAUUAUAACAUCACUUUUCUUGCAACAAAUAUACAUAUCGAGGGAAACUUAAUAGAUGUUGUUAUGUAUUCAUUAUUGCGAAUUCAUCCAAAUUGAAAUUGUAAUAAUAAUAUUAAUGAAGAGAUCUCUAGCUUGUUGUAUCUAGGAUUAAGAGCAUUGAAAUUAAAGGAGAGAGAGAGAGAGAGAGAGAGAGAGAGAGAGAGUUUCGCGAGUCUGGAUAUAUAACUUUUGAUUUAGAAAAAUAUAUUUCCCAGACGAUAGAUCUCAGGCGACAAAGAAUGAACAAAAGCUAUGGUUAUAGUCGCGUGGGUGUACCCUUCAGAAUGGUCCUAAGUUACGUAAUGCUAUAAUGCUUCCAUUUAACGCCAAUUGACCUCGUUGUACACGUUUACGCUGAAGGAAGUUUAACAAUUACCAUACAGCCGAGCUAAGCAUUGUGUCCAACGCGAAAUCACGGUGAAACGAGUGCGCUUAGGUCUUUUCGGUUCUACAUAAAUCGUUUUAGACGUAUCUCUUUUUUUCUUCUUUUCUUUUUUCUUGUUUCUGUCUUUUUUUUUUCUUCUUCUUCUUCUAAAAGAUCUCUACUUGAAUAUAUUAUCAACAGAAUAGGAGUAAUUUCUAAAAGAAUUGUGGAAACUGUGUAAUCAUGUUGAUGCAUUAGAACUAGUGAUUCUCUUUGAUAUUCAGGUUUUUCAAGGUCCCAUCGGUGCUACUCAGCUUUUCUCAAUCCGAUUAGUAAUAGUUAUUUCAAAGGCAAUAGACGGAGUACCCACUGCAACAACUGAUAGAGAGUUUCAAAGCAAAAAAUAAUUGUAAAAUUAAAAGAAAAAUAAAAAGAUUAAUCUUU